UUUUCGACGACGGAGACGAGAAGACCCUGAGGCGUUCCUCUCUCUGCCUGAAAGGAGCACGCCACUUUGCGGAAAGCGAGACGCUCGACAGGCUCCCUCUCACCAACCCCGAGCACUUCGGCACCCCUGUCAUCGGAAAGAAAGGAAACCGCGGUCGACGAUCAAACCCGAUUCAAGAGGAGGAGUUGUCUUCGUCCUCCAGCGAGGAAGAGGAGAGCGAUCAGCGGCCGAAUGAGGACCUGUUCGGGAAGGUGGUCUGCGUGGAGGGGGCCGCCCCCGGUGACAAGAAGAAGGCUGCGUGGUAUCCUGCUCUGGUCAUCUCCCCAGACUGCCACGAGGACGUGACUGCGAAGAAGGACAACGUGUUCGUCCGCUCGUUCAAGGAUGGAAGAUUUUUCAUGGUGCUCCGGAAGGACGUCCGUGAGAUGAGCAGCAGUUGUCCUCCGAAAGCUGACGCAGGGCUCAAACCAGCGCUCGAUGCAGCUCUGGACUUCCAGCAGACGCAGGUUGUACCCGACUCCUGGAAAACUGAAGUGAAAGAGGAAAGCUCCAGCAGCGAGGAGGAGGAUGAGGAUGAAGAAGAGGAGCAGGAAGAAGAUGCCAGCGGCGAAGAGGAGGAGGAGGAGGUGGAACCGUUCCCGGAAGAGAGGGAGAACUUUCUGCAGCAGCUCUACAAGUUCAUGGAGGACAGAGGAACUCCCAUCAACAAGCGGCCCGUUCUCGGCUACAAGAACCUGAACCUGUUCAAGCUCUACAGGCUGGUUCACAGGCUGGGCGGUUUCGACGGCAUUGAAAGCGGCUCCGUUUGGAAGCAGGUCUACCAGGACCUGGGCAUCCCUGUGCUCAACUCGGCUGCCGGCUACAAUGUCAAAUGUGCUUACCGCAAGUAUUUAUAUGGAUUUGAGGAUUACUGCACCUCCACUGCCAUCACAUUCAAGAUGGACCUGCCUUUGAAGCAAAGUCCCAAGAGGGAGGUCAAGUCUGAGGAGGAGGGAGGAGGAGCAGCUCCUCCUGCUUUCAACUCAGAGCUGAAGACCCAAGUGGACGGAGAACUUUACAAUCCACCGCCCACAGUCUGCAAGGAGGAAAAACCUGAUGUGCCCCGCAACAAGGCGGAGUCCGAGUCUUCAAAAACUGAAGGGAAGGACUGCGGAAGGAACGUCGACGAAGAUGGAGAACUUUUAAAGGGAAAUGCAGACGAGGGCUCGUCGACGUCUCGCCUCGGAGCGAACGACAUGAAACAGGAAGACGACGAGCCGGAGGGCAAAGACAACUCCGGGGAUGACAGCAGUCAGGAGGGGGAGGAAGGGGAGGAGUUUGAGUGUUACCCCCCGGGGAUGAAGGUGCAGGUGAGGUAUGGGCGAGGCCGCAAUCUGAAGACGUACGAGGCCACUGUGAAAGAGGCAGACGUGGAGGGGGGAGAGGUGCUCUACCUGGUGCACUACUGUGGCUGGAACAUCAGAUAUGAUGAAUGGAUCAAAGCGGACAAGAUCGUGCGCCCCGCCAAUAAGAACGUACCAAAGAUAAAGCACCGCAAAAAAAUAAAGAACAAAGCCGAGAGGGAGCGGGACAGGUUGGACAGGCUCGGCGACAGGGACGUCCUCGGCCCCUUGUCCAACGCCAACCGUGUCCCGCGCUCCAAGUGCGGCCUGAGUCAGGACGUGUUUUCCAAGACCGACGAGGACGAGGACAAAGGGACUCGGCAGUCUUCGGUCAAGUCCAUAGAAAUCACCUCCAUCCUCAACGGCCUGCAAGCCUCCGAGAUGUCCACGGACGAAAGCGAGCACGAGGACGGAGACGACGAUGAAGAUCAACCGAGUGGCAGCAUCAGAAAAGACCAAAGUGAGCCGCCUCAGAUAGAGGGCUGGGAGAGCGGAGCGCCCUCUGGAAGACCCAAAGCCUCCUCUGCGUCGGGAAGGAGCCAGGAAGUGGCGAGCGUGGAAAAUGCUGACGCUUCGAAGCGUGGAAGUCCACCAGACGUGGAGGGAGAAGUGAGCACCCGGAAGAGGAAAUCUGACGGCGCUGUUGAAAGGAUCCCCAAAGGACAAUCCAAAGCCAAGACCCGGAACACCAGGAGCGCAGACUGGUUACCUGGCGGGUCUCCUCGGAAGCUGGAUGAGAGGGGAGCCGGUCCUGGAGGGGAGAGGGGGGCGUCAUCCUGCAGCAGUUCAGAUGAUGACAGCACCGCGCUGACGGAGUCCCCGGCUGCAGAGACUGAACGAAGUCGCCCUAAAACCAAAGGUUCAUCUUCCAAGAAGUACAACGGGAUGAGGGAAAAGAACAUCAGGCAAGGUGGCUUCUGGGAGAUUCCCGAAAAGCGGGCCAAAGUGUCCAGUAACGCGGAGGAAAGGGUUCUGGUUCGCCCUAAAGGACAGAAGGACGUGUGGUCCAGCAUCCAGGCCCAGUGGCCCAAGAAGACUCUCAAAGACUUGUUCUCCGACUCGGACACGGAGGCUACCAAUUCCCCUCCCCCGCCGGUACCUUCACGUCUGGACGAGCCCGGCGUCGAAGACGAUGCUGGACCCGAGGACGAGGCCUCGGAGGAGCAGACGGAGAAGCUGCAGGAGUUUCCGAGCAGCGGAAGUAACUCUGUGCUCAACACUCCGCCGACCACACCCGAGUCUCCCUCGGGUGGGGGCAGUGCUGUGGAAGACUUGUGCCCAGCGCAGCCGUCUCCCCCGCCGCCUUCGCCUCCGCCCGCCUUGCCUUCAGAGCUGGUUUCUGACGCCCUUCCUCCAGACCCUGCGCAGGAGGAAGUGGCAGGCGGACGCAGCGAGACGGACAGCAGCACCGUGGAGGUGGAGAGUCUGGGCGGGGAGCUGCAGGAGCUCCCGCAGGACAACGUGGCGGGCUCCCCCUCGAAGGCGUUCGACGUCAGCCCCUCCUGCAACAGCAGCAGCAGCUGCAGCUUAGAGCUGAGCGGCAGCAGUCAGCCGGACAGCGAGCAGAAGUCCAAAGCAUCUGUGGGUCAGAAGCGGCAGAAAGAAUCGCCGACGGGUGGAGCCGCAAAGAAACACAAGCCAAACCGCAAGAGCCUCGGUGUGCCUCCCAAAAAGAACAGGAAAACAGCCAACAGCAGCGACAGCGAGGACCAGUCCGUCGUGGAGGGCGCUGCCAAACCGGCAGCCUCUAAGAACCACGCCCCGGACCUGAAGGCCUUGCCCAGGUGUCACGGCCGCUUGCCUCCCUCCAGCCAUAAAUACCACAAGCAGGGCGACGCAGAUCACGCCCAGCACAGGGACGGCCACGGAAGACUCCCGCGGGUGUACAAGUGGAGCUUCCAGAUGUCCGAUCUGGAAAAGAUGAGCGGUCUGGAGAGGAUUUCGUUCCUUCAGGAGAAACUGCAAGACAUCAGGAAUCACUACCUCUCCCUCAAGUCCGAGGUGGCCUCCAUCGACAGGAGGCGGAAACGCAUGAAGAAGAAGGAACGGGAAAGCGCAGCGGCGGCUUCCUCCUCCUCCUCCUCGUCUUCGCCGUCCUCGAGCUCGCUGACGGCCGCCGUCAUGCUGACGCUGGCGGACCCGCCGGUGUCGUCCUCCUCGUCGCAGAACUCCGGGGUGUCGGUGGAGUGCAGGUGACAGGACGAAGCAGCAGGGAGCGAACCGCACUGAGCACUUAACCAGCAGCCCGGGGUCACCGGACCCACGAGUCGACCUGAAACUGUAACCGCUGGGGCACAAGACGUUUAAAAAAAAAACGACUCGAGACGCGAAACAAGCACUAUUUUCUACUGACAACUGUUUCCUUGGCAAGCUAACGGCACUUAAGUGCACUUUUAUGACGAUUGUGUAAGGGGAUAA